GGCGGAAGUGACGUCGCGUGGGGCGGGUCCGGCCGCGCACAAUGGGCCAUGGAGUUCCCGUUCGAUGUGGACGCGCUGCUCCCGGAGCGGAUCACGGUGCUAGACCAGCACCUACGGCCACCGGCCCGCCGACCCGGAACCACAACGCCGGCCCGUGUUGAUCUGCAGCAGCAAAUUAUGACCAUUGUAGAUGAACUGGGCAAGGCUUCUGCUAAGGCCCAGCAUCUUCCUGCUCCCAUCACCAGUGCAUCAAGGAUGCAGAGUAACCGCCAUGUUAUGUAUAUACUCAAAGAUACUUCAGCUCGAAUGGCUGGAAAAGGAGCCAUUGUUGGCUUCCUUAAAGUUGGAUAUAAGAAACUCUUUGUACUGGAUGACCGUGAGGCUCACAAUGAGGUAGAACCACUUUGCAUCUUGGACUUUUACAUCCAUGAGUCACUUCAACGCCAUGGCCAUGGACGAGAUCUCUUCCAGUAUAUGCUGCAGAAGGAGCGAGUUGAACCACAUCAACUGGCUAUUGACCGACCCUCACAGAAGCUGCUGAAGUUCCUGAAUAAACACUACAACCUGGAGACCACAGUCCCACAGGUGAACAACUUCGUGAUCUUCGAAGGAUUCUUUGCCCAUCAGCAUCGGCCCCCUGCUACCUCUCUGAGGGCAACUCGACACUCUUGUGCUGCUGCGGUCGAUCCUAUGCCCGCUGCUCCAGCAAGGAAGCUGCCACCCAAGAGAGCAGAGGGAGACAUAAAGCCAUACUCCUCUAGUGACCGAGAAUUUCUGAAGGUAGCUGUGGAGCCUCCCUGGCCCUUGAACAGGGCCCCUCGCCGUGCUACACCUCCAGCCCACCCACCCCCGCGCUCCAGCAGCCUGGGAAAUUCGCCAGAACGGGGUCCCCUCCGCCCCUUCGUGCCAGAGCAGGAGCUGCUGCGUUCCCUGCGCCUCUGCCCUCCGCACCCCACCGCCCGCCUUCUGCUUGCUACUGACCCAGGCGGCAGCCCAGCCCAGCGUCGCCGCACCAGCUCCCUUCCCCGCUCUGAUGAGAGUCGAUACUGACAGACAGCUAAGCCUCUCCCCUUCCUGGGAGACCUGGCAAGGGCAGAGACUCCCUCCCUGAGAACCCCAGACCGGAUCUUCCAUUGUAUCCCCCAGCAUCCAGGGGAACCUGACAGAGCCCAUAGGAUUCCCUCUUCCCCUUUCUUGGACAACUGGGUUGUCAGGGUCCCAGAUGGCCUAAUGCUUUGUAGCUUUUCUUACCAUAGAAAGCACCCCCUGUCUCCUAACUCGGGCUCUGAACACUCUCCCACAGACAGCCCAUUUGCUGCCAGACUUCUCGGUUGGGCGCCUCCUACUAAUUAUCCAGAGAAGCAUAGUCUUGCUUGCAGUCAGAUUCUAGAACACCAUGGAAGGUCCAAGGGCCUCCUCUACCAGGGAAACCUUUUAAAGAGUCUUGUCCAUGGAAUGAAUCUUAUAGUCCCACUACACUGUCUCCUGGUAGCUCUAAUACUGCCUCGUGCUACCGACCACAGCUACCCUAUCAGCCUGCUGACGCCAGCCAGUGAGUGAGCUCUGCUUCAGAGCAGUCCAGUCAGGUAGGACAGGGACUUACCAGCUCCCCAAGGGAUCCACUCAACAUUGCCAAACUCUUAAUUUCCACAUGUUGUGUGUAUGUGUAUCUGUCAGGGGACCCCCGAGCUGACGUCUGCUAUGAGGCUCUAGACUCGCCACACUUCUACAGACACCACCACUUCCCCUGGGUCCAGGUUCUGUGAGGGAGUUUGUUUCUUGGCAGUAGAUCCCAGCAAGCACCCUAGGAUCACUCUUAGCCAAGUUUCAGAAGCUAAGCCUGAGUCUCAAGGCUCUAUUAGCUCCUGGAAUACGCUCUCGCAGCCAUCCCUCCCCGGUCACUAGAUGCUGAUAGAUUCCUGUCUUGUGAGAUUGUCUUGAGAUGAUGGGGGAACUCCUCCUCUGGCCUUCCUUUCUUCUUUCCUCCAUAGCAAGAACCUUCUUCCCUGCUCCAUACCCAGGGUAUAGAACAUCCUUCCCCCUCCCUACCCUCUGGAUGUGUGCUAGUUGAUACCCCUACUGUAUUCCCCGAAAUCCUUGGGAGCAGGAUCUCCCUCUCUUCUGACUCAUUCCUUUUUCUUCUCCCUCUCAGUGUUGUCUGAAUAAAGUGUGAAUUCUUUUGUGUUUUUUAAA